ACACACACACACACACUCGUAACGGCUGCUUUACCUGUCCAACAGGUUUGUCCGCCUCCACAGCCUUUAGCUCUACCUGUCCAACCAGUAUGAGUGUGUCAUUGGAUGUAGAUAGUGAGAGCCACUUUUGGAUCAAACAACCAUUGAAACCACUGUUCACUUUGGGACAAAUGCAGCUCAGAAUUUUUGUUAAUUAAAACCGAACGGCUUCCAAGGAGAAGACCUAACCCCAAUCAUCUUUACAAAAGAAACCAAAGCAAGAUGGAGGUCCAAUACUACAGCGAUAUCACCCGAGUAUAUCACACAAACUACGUGAGAAACUCGCGUGCUAUCGCUGUGUUGUGGGGCAUUUUUACAAUCUGCUUCACACUGUUAAAUAUUGUCGUCUUCAUUCAACCUCAAUGGUUUGGUGAUACAAUGAACUCGCCGGAUAUAGGUUUCUUCGGACUGUAUGAAUACUGCGAAAGAACUGCCGGAUCUACCGAUUUCCGAUGUAUUGGGGAAUUUACUAAUAUGGAGUCUAUACUGAAUGCUUCAUUUAAGGCGGCCGGAUUCUUCGUUGGUUUCUCAGCUCUGUUGUUUAUUAUUUGCGUACUUUGCUUGUUACUGUUCUUCUUCCUAAAUACUGCAACAGUCCUCAAGAUAUGUGGAUGGAUACAAACAUUAUCGGCCAUUUCUAUGUUCCUUGGCUGCGUAGUUUACCCCAAUGGAUGGGACAAUGAAACGGUUCGCCGGAUCUGUGGUGUAGGGGCUACAAAAUACUACCUAGAUCGAUGCACAAUCAGAUGGGCAUAUAUACUCGCCAUUAUUCUCAUCUUCGACGCCAUUAUUUUAGCUGUCUUAGCUUUUGUGUUGGCGGCCAAACAAGCCAGGGUGUUGCCGGAAAUUUACCACAAGAACCCACAUCAACAGGAUACCAUCUCGAAAAUUAUGUCAGAGCAGGAGCACGACGGCUUCUCGGAAUAUUCUCACAGGUCGGAGAAAUCCAAGAGAUCAUUGCACAGUUCCAGGCCCGAUCCUUACCAUAUGUGAAACAAAUAAUGGACUCUCAAUUCUACCGAUGGAAAAUGGUUUUUUUUCUUUUUUGGUUUGAUUUCCAGCAGAAUCUUCAUAAAGUUAAGAACUAUA